AUGCCGAAGGAGAACAGUAAAGCUGAUUUACUUCGACAGUGGAUUGAUGGAAAUCCUACUCCAACAACAAAUGGAAAUGUAGUAUUGUGUCAAGUCUGUGAGAAGCACAAGCGAAACAGCAAGUAUCCAAGCAGCAAGUAUCCAAGCAGCAAGUAUCCAAGCAGCAAGUAUCCAAGCAGCAAGUAUCCAAGCAGCAAGUAUCCAAGCAGCAAGUAUCCAAGCAGCAAGUAUCCAAGCAGCAAGUAUCCAAGCAGCAAGUAUCCAAGCAGCAAGUAUCCAAGCAGCAAGUAUCCAAGCAGCAAGUAUCCAAGCAGCAAGUAUCCAAGCAGCAAGUAUCCAAGCAGCAAGUAUCCAAGCAGCAAGUAUCCAAGCAGCAAGUAUCCAAGCAGCAAGUAUCCAAGCAGCAAGUAUCCAAGCAGCAAGUAUCCAAGCAGCAAGUAUCCAAGCAGCAAGUAUCCAAGCAGCAAGUAUCCAAGCAGCAAGUAUCCAAGCAGCAAGUAUCCAAGCAGCAAGUAUCCAAGCAGCAAGUAUCCAAGCAGCAAGUAUCCAAGCAGCAAGUAUCCAAGCAGCAAGUAUCCAAGCAGCAAGUAUCCAAGCAGCAAGUAUCCAAGCAGCAAGUAUCCAAGCAGCAAGUAUCCAAGCAGCAAGUAUCCAAGCAGCAAGUAUCCAAGCAGCAAUUGGUGCUUGCAAUGA